GGUCGUCACGCACAGCAGCCAACUUUUGAAGCGAGAAAAAUUUAAUAUUGAAAAUGAUCAUCAAUAUGAAUCACACAGUCUUAGGCCUCGGCAGUUUUUCCCUGCAAACAAAUUCCAUGGAUAUGCUGAGUUCAAUGGGCACGGGUGACAGUAGCGAAAGUAAAGAUAUAUCCAUGGAUUACCUGGAAAUGACUGAUGAUGGACAAAAUAACCUACAUCAAUUAAAUGCGUCAUUGAGUGGCGCAGGCGGCAGCAGCAACACCAACAACGACACACUAACAAUAGAUCCGGUGUUAUUGGAACGAUUUACUCGUAAUCGCAGCAUAGAUGGCCUAUGGUACCAUGUGCUCAUCAUGCUCUACUGUGUUCUAAUCAUUUUCGGAGCAAUGGGGAAUAUUUUAGUUGUAGUAGCUGUGAUACGAAAACCAAUGAUGCGAACAGCACGAAAUUUAUUCAUAUUGAAUUUAGCUGUGUCAG